AUGCUUUUAGGCUCUUCGCCGACUCACACAGUGAGCAUGGAAGAGUUGAUAAGGAUGUCGGCUGCGCUGGAAAAUAUGGCACUGAUCCAUGAGAUUGCGAUUAAUCCGGAUUUUGUUAUUGAAGAGAAGCCGUGCAAUGCACUGGAGAAGAUGGUGGAGGAGUGCAUGAAAAACGCUUACUGGGAUAAGCUACGAGAUGAUUUUGCGCAGCAACCUCCUAACUAUGCGAACGCUUUGCUUCUACUCCGUGACAUUAAAAAGAUGGUGUUGGACUUACUGCUACCACAUCAUGUGCGUCUGCGCGCUGAAGUUGAGAGCAUGCUGGACUUGGAUCUACUGAAGCAGCAAGUGGAAAACAAGUGCCUGGAUGUGCAACCUCUUUUUGAAAAUAUCAUCGGGCUGCUGCGUCGACUUUGUGCACCGUCACGAGAUGAACUUCUAAAUAAUUUGUUAACAAAAUCGGAUAAAGUCGAUAUGCUAAGAGGUAUAUGUGAUGUUAUUGAAAUCAUGAAGGUUGAUAUGGCCAAUUUCUAUGUGAAUAGUAAUCGGUCCGUUGUUGAGCAGCAUUCCAUUGAGUAUGAACGAAUGCAAUUCGCAAAAAUUUUGCAAAGAAACCCAGGUUCUUGUUUCUUUAUGGAUAUCUGUCUCUUUGUUGUCAUAUAUCUGUGCACCGAUGGUGCAGGGAGAAGUUUCACCGCUCGUUCUUUGAGCCUUUCGAAGUUAUAUGGCUUUAUAAUUUCUUUCGUUUUUUCCAAGUUCUUAUCAAGACGGAACGGAUUUUUUUUUUUUUUUUUCAGUUUUUGGAUGCUUUUUUUAGAUUAUUGA